GGAAGUGAAGUGGUCAGCUGAUUAAAGCAUAUGAUCCUGCUGAACGGAAAACAUUUCGUCCAUUCUGCGUCUUUUAUUUGAGCAAAAUAUAAGACAAAGUCACGAUGCCCGGACGAGGAAAAUUAAUCGCAGUUAUCGGUGAUGAAGACACGUGCACCGGAUUUCUCCUCGGAGGGAUCGGAGAGCUCAAUAAAAACCGUAAACCCAAUUUCUUGGUGGUGGAGAAGGAAACCAGCGUUACAGAGAUAGAGGAGACCUUCAAGAGUUUCCUUGCUCGCAAUGACAUUGGCAUCAUCCUUAUCAACCAGUUCAUCGCAGAGAUGAUUCGACAUGCCAUUGAUGCCCACAUGCAGUCCAUCCCGGCUGUGCUAGAGAUUCCCUCAAAAGAGCAUCCAUAUGAUGCCUCCAAAGACUCCAUCCUGCGACGGGCCAAGGGUAUGUUCUCUGCAGAGGACUUCCGAUAACCUGUUACUACCCAUGCAGGCUCACAGUCUGGCCUGAGCAGAUGAAGGAGUUGGGUAUUCUCAUCCAUCUCGCUGAAACUGAAAAGCAUAUUAUGAGGAGUAAAUAAUGAUGUGUGUUUAAUCAAUGUUCUGUGAUGUAUUUUUUGCCAUUCCCAAGGAAAUAGUUUUUGUCAGUGCUCCUACUAAUAAUUAUUUUAAAAUAUAUGUUUAAUAUAACAAUCAUAUAUAUCAUAUAUAAAAAUUCAAUAUAUUAUGAAUUUCCUUUUAAAUGCUGUCACUUUAAUAUUUAAGUUCCUGAAUGUCUUUCUCAAACUUGAUAAUAUUAGACAGAAAACAAACUCUCUACAUCUGUUACUGUAAAUUGGUGUGCUAUGCAUAUAUUUUUUCCUCAUUGUAUUGGUCAUUGUUUUGAAGCAUUUCAAAGAAGCUUUCCUCAAUGUGAUGCAAUUAAAAUGUGUUCAAAGUAUGUGAUUUGCAGUUAUUAAAGGUAAUUGGAGUAUUAUGCUCUAUUGAUACUGUGGUGAUGGAAAA